GGACAUGGGGUAUUCUGCGUGUCGUUGAUUCUGAACAAACGGGAGAUAAAUGUUUGUUGCAUUUUUUUUUUCAAACUAAUGUACGACGGUCAUUAUGGAUUUCUCAGGAUUUGUGAGCUUCUGUAUUUUAAUGCUUAUUUAUUUAUGGGAAUCAUCGUCUGGUCAAAUUAUGUAUUCUGUUUCAGAGGAGGUGAAUAAAGGAACUGUUGUGGGGAAUAUCGCUAAAGACUUAAACAUUAAUGUUCACGAUCUGGAAGCUCGGAGGUUUCAGAUCGUAGCUGGGUCCAAUAAGAAGUAUUUCGAAGUAAACACGAAGACUGGCGUUCUGUUUGUAGGUGAGCGAAUUGACCGUGAGGAAUUUUGUGAUUCAAAUCUGAAAUGCGUUUUGAAUAUAGAAGCCCUUGCUCAGAAUCCUCAUAAUCUAUAUAGGAUUGAGAUAAAGAUCACGGACAUAAACGAUAAUCCACCACAUUUCCCAAUCGACGCAUUUAAACUGAAUAUUACCGAGAAUGCACGCCCUGGAGAAAGAUUUCCUCUUCCGGUGGCUGAGGACCUCGAUAUAGGCAGCAACGCUCUGAGAGAUUACAGACUGAGUCAGAACGAAUACUUCUCCAUAGACGUACACAAAGACGAAGAGAGUGUGUCUGCAGAGUUAAUGUUGCAAAAGGCUUUGGACAGGGAAAAACAGUCAUUUCAUCGGUUAUUGCUUACUGCGGUAGAUGGAGGAAAGCCCCCCAAGUCAGGGACCAUGAAUAUAGUUAUAGACGUAAUGGAUGUCAACGAUAAUAGUCCGGUUUUCAGCAUGCCUCUUUAUAAAGUAAAAGUGAAGGAAAAUGUUUCUUUAGGGACUAAAAUAUUAACGGUCUCUGCCUCUGAUGUAGAUCAAGGCAUAAACAGUGACAUAAUGUAUAAUUUUAUGGGACAUGGAAAGUCAAAAAAGAUAGAUUUAUUUGCUAUAAUCCCUGAGACUGGGGAUAUUGUAGUAAAUGGACAAAUUGAUUACGAAGAAAAUCCUACGUUUGAGUUGCGAGUUCAAGCACGAGACAAAGGCAGUCCUCCGCAAAGCACACACUGUAAAGUUUUGGUGGAAGUUUUAGAUGAGAAUGACAACGCACCACAAAUAACACUGACUCCUCUGUUAGAAAGUGUGAAAGAAGACACCAAACCUGGGACUGCGGUGGCUUUGGCUAAGAUCUCAGACAAAGACGGGAGCAAAAAUGGCAUUGUGCAUAUUUCAAUCAAGGGCUCGUUUCCUUUCAAACUGGAGCCGUCCUACAAAAAUCAUUACUCGUUGGUAGUAGACGGGCCUUUGGACAGGGAACGUAAUCCUCUAUAUAACAUUCUACUUGUGGCUACAGACGAAGGAACUCCGUCUCUCUCCAGCAGCGAUGUGAUAACUGUACGAAUAGCCGAUGUAAAUGAUAACGCGCCAAGUUUCUCAGCCCCAGUUGUAAACGCUUAUCUUAUGGAGAAUGGUCAGGCUGGAAGUCACGUGGUAAGAGUUUUGGCGCAGGAUCCCGACCUCGGUGAUAAUGCAGAGCUUUCUUACUCAGUCUUAGAAAGCUCCAGCAAAGGGAUUCCCAUAACAACAAUGAUAAAUAUAAAUUAUUUGAAUGGUGAAAUAUAUAGUCUGCAGUCGUUUAACUUCGAGGACAUAAAAAUAUUACAGUUUUUGGUUCAGGCUACUGACUCUGGCGUUCCUCCUUUGAGUAGUAAUGUAACUGUAAACGUUUUCAUACUGGAUGAGAAUGACAACAGUCCAGUUAUUCUACCGCCAUAUUCUGAACCCGGAUCAGUUAACACUGAGAACAUUCCCUACUCUGCUGAAGUGGGUUACUUUGUGGCUAAAAUCAGAGCUGUAGAUGCUGAUUCUGGUUAUAACGCAUUGCUGUCUUACCAUAUAACUGAACCUAAGGGAACUAAUCUCUUCCGCAUUGGAACCAGCACUGGAGAAAUAAGGACUAAAAGACGAAUGAGUGACAAUGACUUAAAGACUCAUCCGCUUGUUAUAACGGUGACUGACCAUGGAGAACCAUCUCUGUCAGCGACCGUCUCUAUGGACGUAGUGGUGACUGAACGUCUGGACACUGUGCAGCCCUCCCUAAGACACGUGCCAGUUAAAGAGGAGGGAUUUUCUGAUCUGAAUCUGUAUCUGCUCAUCGCUAUUGGCUCAGUAUCAGUGAUAUUUUUACUGAGCCUCAUCGGUUUAAUAGCAGCUAAAUGCUAUGGGUCGGACGGCAGUUUCAGCGGGUACAGCGCUCCAGUGGUCACUACACACCCUGACGGAAGCUGGUCUUACUCUAAAUCCACUCAGCAGUAUGACGUGUGUUUUAGCUCAGACACACUGAAGAGUGACGUAGUGGUUUUCCCGUCGCCGUUUCCGCCUGCAGACGCAGAACUGAUCAGCAUUAAUGAAGGAGACACUUUUACUCGGACACAAACUCUUCCUAGUACUGGGAAGGUAAGGGCAUUGAAUACUCCGCCCUACGCAUAA